CCGCGGCGGCCCCUCCCGCUCCGCCCCGUCGGGUCGCGGGCGCCCGCGCCCUGCCCGUGAGCGCCGCGCAGAAUGGGCAGGUGCUGCUUCUACGCGGCGGGGACGCUGUCCCUGCUCCUGCUGGUGACUAGCGUCACGCUGCUGGUGGCCCGGGUCUUCCAGAAGGCCGUGGACCAGACGGUCGAGAAGAAUAUUGUGCUAAGGAAUGGUUCCGAGACCUUUGACUCCUGGAAGAAGCCCCCUCUGCCUGUGUACAGCUGGUUCUAUUUCUUCAACGUCACCAAUCCAGAGGAGAUCCUCCGAGGGGAGAUCCCUCGGUUAGAAGAAGUGGGGCCCUAUGUCUACAGGGAAAUCAGAAACAAAGCGGAUAUUCAAUUUGGAGAUAAUGGAACAACAAUUUCUGCUGUUAGCAACAAGGCCUAUGUUUUUGAACGAGACCCCUCUUUUGGAGACGCUCAAACUGACUUAAUCAGAACACUAAAUAUUCCUGCAGUGACUGCCAUGGAGUGGGCCGAACAGGGCAUCUCCCGGAUGGUCAUCCAGGCCCUGAUAAAGGCUUAUCAGCAGAAGCUCUUCGUGACACACACGGUCCACGAUUUGCUCUGGGGCUACAAAGAUGAGAUCUUGUCCCUCAUCCACCCUUUCAGACCCGACAUCCCUCCUUAUUUUGGCUUGUACUAUGGGAAAAAUGGGACUAAUGAUGGAGACUAUGUUUUUCUAACUGGAGAAGACAAUUACCUUAAUUUUUCAAAGAUUGUGGAAUGGAAUGGUAAAACGUCACUUGACUGGUGGGCGACAGACAAAUGCAAUAUGAUUAAUGGAACGGACGGCGAUACUUUCCACCCACUAGUAACCAAAGACGAAGUCCUUUAUGUCUUUCCAUCUGAUUUUUGCAGGUCAUUGUAUAUAACUUUCAGCAACUAUGAAAGUGUACAGGGACUGCCCGCCUUACGGUUUAAGGUGCCUGAUGAAAUAUUAGCCAACAGCUCAGACAACGCUGGCUUCUGUAUCCCCACAGGAAACUGCCUGGGCUCAGGAGUGCUGAACGUCAGCGUCUGCAAGAACGGUGCACCUAUUAUUUUAUCUUUCCCACACUUCUACCAAGCAGAUGAGAAGUUUGUGUCUGCUAUUGAUGGCAUGCACCCAAAUAAGGAACAUCACGAGACGUUUGUGGACAUUAAUCCUUUGACUGGAAUAAUCCUAAGAGGAGCCAAGAGGUUCCAAAUCAACGUUUAUGUCAAAAAAGUAGAUGGCUUUAUUGAAACAGGAAACAUCAGAACCAUGGUCUUCCCAGUGAUGCAUGUCAAUGAGAACGUUCUCAUUGAUAAAGAGACUGCGAGUCGACUGAAGUCUAUGAUUAACACUACUUUGAUCGUCACCAACGUACCCUACAUCAUCAUGGCGCUGGGUGUGUUCUUUGGCUUGGUCUUCACCUGGCUGGCGUGCCGCGGACAGGGCUCCAUGGAUGAGGGAACUGCAGAUGAAAGAGCGCCCCUCAUACGAACCUAACCGUGGCCUGAGCUUGGUGAAGGAACCCUGCUGAGCUGUCCUGACCCAGAUCAGACAGACAUGGGGAAGCCGUCCAGGUCCUCACAGGCUCCUGGCCUGUUGGGAGAGGAGGGAGAGGAGCCGGAGCUGGCAAGCGAGGAGAGCGUUCGGGCCAGCUGAUUUGUUCGCUGUUAGGCUUUAUCAGGUCCUGUGGUCCCUGACGAAGUGUUUUGUUUUUCAUGUGUCUAGCAAGUAUUUAAUAAACUCUCGUAUAGUAAUUUUGUUGUCGUUGGGCUCUGGUAGCUCCAGAAUUUUGUGGCCACUGCUGUGGUCCUCAUGUCUGCAUCAGCUGUUAAUGCUACUUGGUCUAACCUUGUUCAGUGCUCUUGGUUCACUGAACUCUGUGCUCAAAAUACGUAAAUACCAUUUCCUGUAGUCCUCCAUUCACGUCACCCCAAAGCCAGAAGCAAGCAAGGGCUCGGAACCCAGGGUAAAAUGGUCUCAUUGCGUACAUCGUUCAAAUAUACCUAAUUCUCUCUUUUCAAAAGUUAUAUAUUGCAUUGUCUGCUCACCGUCAGUUCAUAAUUCCUCCAGGAAAAUAAUUUGGUCUUCUGAGUACUUUCAUACUGAAUAGGAAUCACGUGGGAAAGGGGCUGGGUGGAGUGAGGCACCUAAUGAGUCCAUAGUGAUGAACACCUGAGGAUUUUUUACUUGUACUUUUGUGAAUCAAAAGAAUGCAUAGAUAAUGUUGGUGAGGGCAAUUCAGGUAUUUCAUAUAGAGUAGAAAUAAAUGCUAGUUCUGACA